AAAUCACGAAAGCUCUCUCUUUUCAUGAAAUACAUGUUCUCCACAGUAAAGAAAAAGAAACUGAAGACAAGUUGACUGACAUAUUGAACACUCUUCACAAGAAUAACGUGCCUACAAUCCUCGUUAACAUGAAAGCUCUUGCUUCACUAACUCCACCAGAUCACACCAUCCUGUUUCGUCCUACGAAGAAGCUCAUUAUAUGGAUUCCAGACAGUCAGACAUUCAGUGCUGAUUUACAGCAGCUGAAAGCCAACUAUAUAAUGUCAGUGAAGACUGUCGUUGUUAUACUAUUGGUGAAAGUGUAUCGCUUGCAGGAACGAAUUCUGAAAGAAGCAACUGAAGGUGACAAUGUACUGUUGCUAAUCGAGGAAAAGCGCCAUCUAACGUACUCACUCGUGAAGUUGCAGUGGUCACCAAAUGGAAAAGGGUUUUUCACGGCUCCGUGUACUUGGAGUUUCGAAGGCAAGCAUUGUCGUAACGUCAUCAAAACAAGACAGCUACGAAAAUUUCAAGGACGUUUAUUUUCAGUAACGUAUCCUAGAGGUCUUGAAGAUGCUCCAAAAAGAUUCAUCUUUCAGAUUCUAGAUACUCUAGCAAAAUACUAUGAUUUCACUUACGUUGUGCGUGAGCCUUUAGGUGAAACCUAUGGCUUCCAGGAUUCUAAUGGAACUUGGAAAGGAAUAGUGGGCCAGCUAGUCAGAAAGGAGAGAGACAUUGGACUUGCUCUACUAUCGUGGACACUGGAACGAGAAAGUGCAAUUGACUAUGUUAAGUGUAUUUCAGUUGACGAUGUUACUUUCAUAUCGAAAAGGUCAUCAGCAGAGAGGCCUUUUGGAGCUCUUUUGUUUCUGUUUAAGGCAGAGAUCUGGAUCUUGUAUGUGUUUUGUGGAAUAGUUGCAGGGAUGGCAAUGAGCUUAACGAACUGGUUCAAGUAUACAAAAAUGAACAGAGGCACAAAGACUACAAUCAAACAGUCAUGGAAAACCAAUGUGUGGUGGCUGGUUUUAAGGACCGGAAUGCUUCAAGGAAGUCCAUCCACACCAAAGCAGAAUAUGACCAGAAUUAUUCUCGCUAGCUGGUGGUUGGUGUGUAUCGUCAUUCUUUGUUUGUACAGUGGAAACAUACUUGCGUUUUUGAGCAUCAAGAAGAUAGAAUCUCCAUUAGACAACAUGAAAGAAGUUCAUAUGAAACCAAGAAUUGGGGUCUUAGCCAUUCCUGGUUCUCCUACAUUUACGUUUAUGUCGACAACCAAUAUCACAACGUUCAGUAAUGUUUGGAAACGAAAUACUCAGAGUAAAGUUGAUCCUCGUCUACCAAAUGAUGAAUAUUUAGAGAAAGUCAAGCAAGGAAAUAUUCUGGUGGGAUUACGCCAUUGGUUAAACCUUAUCUCGAAUCCGAAAGACAACGAAAAACAGACUUGCUCCAUUUUCCAUAUUGCCUCAGAGAACAUACUGUUGGAUUUUCAGAGCUUUGGGUUGCAUAAAGGAAGUAUCCUGACAUACCCCUUAAGUGAAGGUGUGGACUGGUUAAGAAGAAUGGGACUUAUUGAUUUUUGGAAUCACAAAUAUUUCCAAUCUAUGGAGACACACUUAACUGGUGACUGUGCUAGGACUAACGAACAACUACCAUUGUUCAUUGAAGAUUUCGGAAUGGCUUUUGUUUUACUUCUAUGUGGAUAUUUUCUGGGAACCAUAACGUUGUGUUUUGAGUUUGGAUUAUCAUGCUACAAUAAACACAGAGAAACUUGGAAAUAAAACUUUGUUAUUAGUUAAUUGCGCUGAAAUUCAACAAUUAUUUUUCGUUAAGAAUUGAUAAUGAACGGCAUUACGAAAUUCUAUCGCCAACA